AUGGCUCUUCUCUCCAUGGGCGAUAAACAUAGAGGCACAAUAGAAAACAUUGCCGCAUACGAUGCGUCGAGAUUUCGAUGUCAUGGACACGGUUUUAUGGCUCCCGAUCUGCUUAUCAUACCAUAUCUACAACAAGCCGAUUUUGGACAUGUUAUAAACAUUACAAACACCAUAAUUGAUACGAGGUUCAUACUUGCACUGUUAGAAAGAUGGAGACCUGAAACACAAACGUUUCAGCUCCCCAUUGGUGAAUGUACCGUCACCUUAGAAGAAGUGUAUAUGUUGUUGGGUCUCCCUAUUGACGGUAAUGAGGUGAAUGGUCCAGUUCAACUACCCAAUGCUCAAUGUGAGGAAUUGUUGGGCAAAAAUAUGUUAGGUCAAGCUGAUGCGAGGGGUCAAGGCAAUAAUGUCAAUAUGUUGUAUUUACCAUUGCUUAGAGAUUUUAAUGAAACAAAAGAGUAUAGUUGGGGUUCCGCCGUUUUAGCCUUUCUAUACGCUUCAUUAUGUAAGAAUGCAAAAAAAGAUGCUUGUACCUUUUAUGGAUGUGCCCUCUUGCUACAAGUAUGGGGUUGGUGGAGAUUGGACUCUCUUAACCCCAUGAUAUUCAGCUUCCCCUACACAACAAAGUUUUGCGUAAAUGGCAUGGAUUACACGAAGAAUCCUCAACGACAUCUUUCUUCGUAUCGUAAUCUUUUGGAUCACUUUGGGAAAGGCGAUUUUAUUUGGAGACCAUAUUUGAGUUUGGAGCAUCAAACCAACCAAGAGGAUGUAGAAAUUUGGACUGCAAAAACAACAAUCAUACGGUUUAACGUUGUGGAGAUGCACCAUAGCGACCGAGUUAAAAUGUAG